CCCAGGGGGCGCAAAGGCAGAGCUUUGCCCUUUGUUGGGCCUUUGGUAGAGUUGCGCGGUCCCGGAUUUGCAGGCGCGAUGGAGAGGCUGGUAUUGAGAUCUGUCUGCAGACUGAUUUGGAUCUGGCCAGCAGUGAUGCUAUGUAGGGCGAAAGUGGUGACUCAAAAUGUAAGCGAGCCAUUGCACUCGUCUGCUUCCUUAAGAUGCUCUCUGCAAAGUUCCGCGGAAGUUGUGAUUGUGACAUGGCAGAAAAUCAGGCGUUUAAGUCCAGAAAAUAUGGCCACAUUCAGCAAGAAGUUUGGAGUUGUGGUUCAGCCUGACUAUAAGGAUAAGAUAAACAUCACCCAACUGGACCUCAAAGAGUCAACCCUUACCUUCUGGAAUACUACCCUGGAUGAUGAGGAGUGUUACAAGUGCCUCUUCAAUACCUUCGGGUCUGGGCAGAUCUCUGGAGUCACCUGCCUCAGUCUCUCUGUACAGCCCACUGUAUUCCUUCACUAUGAAUUCUUUGAAGACUACCUAAAUAUCACUUGUUCUGCCAAUUCUCGGCCAGCGCCUGUGAUCUCCUGGAAGAUUUCUGGGUCAGGAAUAGAGAACACAACUGAGACUAUCCUACACCCCAAUGGGACCACGUCUGUCAUCAGUGUUCUCCAUGUCAAAGAUCCUGAGAGUCAGAUGGGGAAGGAGGCAAUCUGCCAGGUGUUGCACCUGGGGACUGUUACUAUCUUUAGGGAAACUAUCAACAAAGGCUUAUGGUUUUCAGUUCCACUAAUAUUAAGUAUUGUUUCCCUCAUAAUUCUUCUGGUAUUGAUCUCAAUCUUAUUAUACUGGAAACGUCACCGGAACCAGAACAGAGAAUUCCACAGGCCACUGUCAUUUAAGAGACUGAAAUGGUCCAAUAUGAUUAUUUAAUUAAGCAAUGCUUUCUUUGUUAUAGAUACUCUGCUGUGUUAUGUUCUAUGUCACAGACUCACUAUAUCUCAAACUCUAAGGCAACAUACAGGCAGUCUGUAAUGCACUCUAUAAUAUACUAUGUUGUAUAUUCUUUAUUGUAGACUAUAAAUUUAUCUCAUGCCCCUGCAACUUCUUUCAAAGUGCUUCAUGAGGCAUUCAGUAAAUAUUCAUCAAAUGACUUUUUAAUGACUUUUCUUAUAGAAUCAGAAGAAUUGAUCUGGUGUUGUAUAAAAUGACAUAUACAAAAAUAAGUAUUCAGAAGUCAAUCUAAUGAAAGAUAUGUGUCUAUGAGACAUAAAGUGUAUGUAUGUAUGGGUCCAUUCUCAGAGAUUUUUUUUAGUUCUCUUUUACUUAUUGACAAUUUGCACAUCAUAAAUACUGCAUCAAUAAUUGUGAGACACAAAACAAGAGAAAUAAGCUUGAGAUUUGUUAGUUUCUGAAGAUAAUACAUAACUCAUUAAAAUAAUACAAAGCUGCCAUUACUUUUAUGUUUUAUGGAGAUUUCCUAGGUUGAAGGGUUUUUUCCUUACAUGAGCAAAAGACUAAGAAGAGGAAAUUGUUAUUUUAGAUUUCUAUUUAAAAAUCUGUUUUAACUGUAAAAAGUUACACCAACAAUCUCACAAUGGAGACGUUACAGGUACCCACUCGAGCAAAUCGAUGAACAACGGGAGGACAGUGCGACAGUGCUACAGUGCUAUUUUAAAAAUAUCAACUGAAAUGCUACUCCAAUUUCUUUUUACUUUAUGUCUCAUAGACAUAUCUUUCAUUAGAUUGACUUUUGAAUGCUUGUUUUUUGUAUAUGUCAUCCUAUAUAAUGUGCUAUUGAUAGCACGGCGGUUGGGCAUUCACCUUUCAUGAGGCCAACCUGAGUUCGAUUCUUUCGCCCCUCUCGGAGAGCCUGGCAAGCUACCAAGAGUAUCGAGCCAGCACGGCAGAGCCUGGCAAGCUACCCAUGCUUAUUGGAUAUGCCAAAAACAGUAGCAAAUAAGUCUCACAAUGAGAGACGUUACUGGUGCCCACUCGAACAAAUCGAUGAGCAACGGGGAUGACAUCCUAUAUAAUAUCAGAUCAAUUCUUCUGAUUCUAUAAGAAAAGAAAAUAAUCUUCAGUGUCACAAACAGUUUUGGAAAAUUAUAUAAAGGUGUUAAUUAUGUCUGUAGAGGAGAUUGUUUAUUCAAGUAUUGUAAUUUUCCAAAAGGAACUAAUGCCCAUACAGGGAAAUUGACUUCCUUCCUGUAGGUCACACAGCUAGUUAAAUGCAGACCUGAGUCUAGCAAACUAUUCUUCUAACCUGAGCAGUAUGUUAUUCCUGUAGCCCUGACAUGAAAGGCACUAUUUUCAUCACUUACAUUAAUUUUAGUCUUUGUCCGCUUUUUUUUUUACGUGCAAGAACAAAAUUAGAAGUAUUCAAAGUAUUCAAAUUUAGUUUGAAAAGUAUUUCUUGGAGAACAAUCAUGUGGUACAAUUAAGUGCAGCCAAGGGUAAAUUCCACUAGAAAGGGGUAUGAUCAGAAAAAUUGUACUUUGUUCACUAAGUAAGUCAUGCCUUUUUCUAAGAAAGGCUUUUGUUCAAUGCCUUAUCUAGUUUUAGAGGGAAAAAAUCAAGUUUUCUUUGUACCCAAGUUUUCCUCACUUGUAAAAUAUACAUCUAAACUUGUAUUGACUCUUGUUUUUUUUUGUCUCUUUUUUUUUCCCCCAGUAUACCCCCCACCCACCCCCCACCCUGCUUGUAUAGCACAUGAUUUUCACAUUACUCUCUCUGUACUUCGAAUUCAAUUUUCGGCAGAAAACCCACUAUUAUUAUUUGGGAUUUUCCUCCAACAAUCAAACCUGCCGAAAAGUCAUCAUCAGAUCAUUUAGUUUCUAUUUCUAAUGAAGAGUAUAUGAUGUCGUAUGGCCUCGAUAGCGGCCACGCAGUUUGGGAAUUCUAGUAUUUUAGUAAUUAAGUCCAGAGGUAUUUCUGCCAGCAUCUGCUGCAUUCCGAGAUUGGUUUGUGUGCCUCUGGGAUCAUGGCUCUUAGGAGCUCGAGGUCUCAUUUGGGUGGGGAGCAGGACCAGUUCUGCCCCACCCCACCCCAUUGAAAGAUAUCCCGAGCACCCCAUCACUGCAAGCUCCUACCUCUCUGUCCAAUUAGCUCUGAGAGGUGGCGGUCACCAUGCUGCUGCAAAGGGGAAAAGGCUGAGGGACAAAAACCCUUCCUCUCCCGGGAUGGCACGGGGCCAUAACUUAGUUCACAGUCCAGGAGCAUUUCUGCCAGCAGCCGCUGAGUUCCGAAAUUGGUUUGUGUGCUUCUGGGAAAACCUGUAUUGACUCUUGUAAAUAGAAUCAUAGCCAUUUACUUAUGAAUUCUUCAUGACAUAUGAGUAAUUCAGUUAAUUAUAUUGAAUAUCCAGUGACAUAUUUUCAGUGAGUGUAUUUUUGAACUAGUUUUAAAAUUUUUAAUGGACACAUCUCAUUUCGUCCCGUCUACUAGCUGGUAAAUCAAAACAUUACUAGUACUUACGUUGGAGACUGAUGCACUAAGUGCUGAGGAAACAUUGGUUUCUUAAAAUCACACUAUUUAGGUUACACAAAAAGUUGGGAGAAAAGGAAGAAAAUUAUAGAAGAUAGUCACAUUAAAAAAAAAAACUCAAGUAGAAAAUCUGUGAGAAACCGAACAGCCUUAUUAUAUUUACCUUUAUCUUUCCUAAUUUUUUUCUUACCACUUUUUCUUUUCAUCUUUCCAGAAAACAAAACUUUUGGAAACAUACCAGUAAAAAUUUUAUCAGCAUUUUAGACUCAGUGACCUAAAAAUGAUGAUGUGAACAGAAGUAAGGAAGGAGAGGUGCUGGUGUGUGUGUGUGUGUGUGUGUGUGUGUGUGUGUGUGUGUGUGUGUGUGUGUGUGUGUGUGUUUACAGAAUUUGUGGAGAUAAAAGAAGAGAGAAGGGAGUAAUCAUUUCUUGAACUUAUUUUUAUAUUUUUGGUUUUUGAGUCACACUGGCGAUGCUCACAGAUUACUCCUGGCUCUAUACUUACGAAUUACUUCUGGUGGUGUUCAGGAUACUGUAUGGAGUACCAGGGAUCAAAUUCGGGUCAGCUACAUGCAGUACAAGCAACAGGCCUUGAACUUGUUGGGUAGAAGGAGACAAAAUUAUCUCCAUGGAACUCCCCAGUAGUGAGAAAAAUCUGGUGUAAAAAGUUUUUUAAGUAAAUUUUAUCUUUUUUUAGAUAAAUAACCUAAAAGAAGUUUAGAUCAAAAUCACUGCUUUAAUGUUUAUUAAAAAUAGCAAGUAAAUUUAAAAUAUAAUUUAUAUAUUUGGAACAGAAGGGUACUCUCUAAUGACUAGUAUUAUUUUAUAGAGAAGUUAGUCUCUUUUUAUUUUAUACAUCAGUGUAUGUUGUUGGUUCUGUUGGUUUUUCACUUAUAAAGUACAGUCUGGAAGAAGGUAUAAGUUAGAGCCAAUUUCUGAUGAGAUCAUCAUAGUUACUUUCUAAGAAAAUCAACAAUACAAUCAUUUCAUGGCUUUCAAGGAAUGUAGAAUCUUUUCUUUCAUAUACUCAGUAUUUUAUUACUUAAACAUAGUUACUUUUCCUUCAGGUAUUUCAUGCAGAAUUUGAGUUUUUUAACCCUAUUUUAACUUUUAAUUUCUUCCAUUUCUUCACAAUUAUGUGGCAUUUGAAUGGGCUCUUUACAAUAUAAGGGCAAUACUAGUAAAAGGAUAUGUUCUGGAUGGCAUUAUGUCACUUCUCCUGUUUUAAGCUAUGUAAUGUAUUGGAUAACAACCCCAUUCAAUAAACUGAUGAUGGUGAAUUG